AUGGUGAGAGCAAUUCUUAAUAGCCCCAUGGCAGGUACUGAUGAUGGCCUGUGCAACUCACUGGCAUUGCCACGGCCGCAUGUGCAAGACGUAGAGCCUAUGGAGCGGAAGAAACGCACACGAACGGGGUGUCUCAAUUGCAGUCGCCGGCGUCGCAAAUGCGACGAAGCCAAACCAACCUGCACAGGCUGCAAGCGACGAGGUGAUGAAUGUCAAUGGCGCCUACUUGGAUCCUUCCGAGAAGCCAACAUCAAAGUGCUAGGAUCGGACCACCCCUCCAUGAGCCAGAGUGUAAUCACCAACAAAAGCAAGCGUCCAAGCAAGUUCAAAAUUUUGAGCACUCUCACAAAUUCACCCCGUACGAGAGGGGUUUCUAAGCGGCAAUCCGAAGCGACCCGUGACCGGCCAGAGGCAGGGCCGCAUGCUUCGUCCACAAUCGCUGCGCCAACAUUUGAAGCCAUUUCGGAAGCUCAGUCUACGUUGAAAGAUCCAUCGCAGUCGGUGAUCCCGCAUUCCGGCUCUUUCACGGAAGCACAUCAAGGGCUAUCUUCAGCACUAUCCAGGGGCGAGCCGUCUGAUUUGUUGCGGCGUCAGCAAAGCCCCGCUUCUCUCCACAAUCGAUACAGUGAAGAGAGUGCUGAUGAUCUUCCCUCGCCUGGGGCCACUAGGUGGCAUCACUCAACUUAUCAAUAUGAUAUCCAACGCACCACUGUUCUAGAUGAUAAGUCUUCGCAUAUCUACGUUCACACAAACCCAGAGUUUCUAGUCGACGAUCUCGCGGCUUUGAGGGGUCUUGCUCACCACGCCCAAUUUAACGCGUCCGUGACAGACUCAUAUCACAAUGACCCCUCGCCUCUCUUUGACAAUGGUGUCUUCUCUGAUCCCGCGGAUCUCACAAACGAUGUCUUUUUACCUGGAUCAACCUAUGAAGCGCUACAUACAACUUUGCGAAAUCGGCAGUUAUGGACUGCCAGACCUGAUGGUCAAAGUCGUACCAGCUCUCGAGGCUCAAUCUCUCAUGCUCGCACGCAAACGGACUACAGCGACUCGGGCUCGUUUACUCGCACUAAGAGGGAGCCAAGGACUAGAAGACUGUUCGAGUUGUCUCCCGAAAGGGAGCACAUUCUGUGGCAAAAUUACUUGAAUGAAAUAUGCUCAUGGCUCGACAUGUUUGAUAAUAAUCACCACUUCGCUUCUACAUUCCCACAGAUGGCAAAGACUGCACCCCAUUUGAGGUAUUCCUGUUUGGCGUUGUCUGCCCGUCAACUUGAAAGACAGCAAAAUGCAAAAUCUCAAUCGGAAAGUUUAUCUCUCUACCAAGAAGCAAUCCAUCUUCUAUUGCCAGAAUUAGAAAGCAAAACCACUCCUGUCAUCGCUUCUUGUGUGAUCCUGUGUGUCCUUGAAAUGUUGAGUUGUAACCCCAAGGAGUGGCGAAGGCAUUUGGACGGAUGUGCGUACCUCAUACAAGCAGCUGGUAUUAAUGGCUUCUCUGGAAAAGAAGAGCAAGCUCUGUUUUGGUGUUUUGCACGCAUGGAUGUAUGCGGUGGUCUGAUAUCGGAGGAAGAAACUAUCAUCCCACUCCACAAUUGGAGACCACGAGACAUGAGCGGCAAUGAGGCAUCACAGCUCUUCCUUUCAUAUGCAAGAAGUGGCUUUGAUACGUACGCCAAUUAUACGGUGUAUCUCUGUGCUCAGACUUUGGGUGUCCUCUUCGGAUGCUCCUCCAACACUGCGCAUCCCUGUAGCCCAAUCCAGUCCAUUCCUGAAGAGGAGGUCAAUUCAUACGUAUAUCGCUGGAGAGAGCUCUUUGGGCAGGUUGAACAGUGGUUUGAAAGUCGCCCGAGUCAAAUGAAGUCCAUAUUUACGGUCGCCCAGCCCGGGUACUCGGGGAUAGACCAGCCAUUCCCAAUGGUGUUAUAUGGCAAUGGAGCUGCCAUCUCUGGAAAUCAACUUUACCACGUCUGCGCCCUCCUUUUGCUCCAACGCAAGCCUAAAACACUAUCGCUUCUCAAAAAACCGAAAUCUGUCCUUUGGCAUGCUCGGCAGAUCUGUGCUAUCUCCGCAUCUAAUACGCAUCAUGGGUGUUGGACAAAUGCACUACAACCUCUGUGGAUUGCAGGUAAAGUCAUGUCGCACUACUCUGAACAUAUGGCUAUCGUGGAGACUUUGAUCAGAAUCGAGCGUGAAACUGGUUGGGCUACUGCUUGGCGAGUGGAAGAUUUGAAAGAUCUCUGGGGUGAUUAUGACAAUGAUGACGACUAUGAUGUUGACAUGGAUGGGAUUACUUAG